GCGAAGCUGAUGUGAAGGCGGCCCUCGGCUGUGGUCUGCUGUGUGCCCGCUGCGUUGCGGGUGACUCCCUGCUGAUGACGUCAUGCCCGUAUAAGACCCAAAGGGGCGCUGCUGCCCCUCCACACUCUGUGCGCUCCUCUACGCUCUACGUGCUCCUCUACGCUCCACGCGCUCCAGGCAGCCAUGCGUGAGAUCGUGCACCUGCAGAUCGGACAGUGUGGAAACCAGAUCGGCUCCAAGUUCUGGGAGGUGAUUACAGAAGAGCAUGGGAUCAACACUGUGGGGAUCUAUGAGGGAGACAGCCCCCUUCAGCUGGAGAGACUCAACGUCUACUUCAACGAAGCACAUGGGGGUAAAUAUGUCCCAAGAGCAGUGCUGGUUGAUCUGGAGCCUGGUACCAUGGACAGCGUGAGGGGCAGCAGGAUGGGGCAGCUCUUCAGACCCGACAGCUUCAUACAUGGCUUCGGGGCGGGUAAUAACUGGGGCCAAGAGCCACUACGGGCGGAGCUGGUGGAGCAGGUGGUGGACCGCGUGCGUGUGGAGAGUGAGAGCUGCGACUGCCUGCAGGGCUUCCAGAUCGUCCACUCGCUGGGCGGCGGCACGGGCUCGGGCAUGGGCACGCUCAUCAUCAACAAGAUCCGCGAGGAGUUCCCCGACCGCAUCAUGAACAGCUUCAGCGUCAUGCCCUCGCCCAAGGUGUCGGACACGGUGGUGGAGCCCUACAACGCCACGCUGUCCGUCCACCAGCUCAUCGAGAACACCGACGAGACCUUCUGCAUCGACAACGAGGCGCUCUACGACAUCUGCUUCCGCACGCUCAAGCUGACCACGCCCACCUACGGCGACCUUAACCACCUGGUCUCGCUCACCAUGAGUGGCGUCACCACCUCGCUGCGGUUUCCGGGGCAACUGAAUGCCGACCUGCGCAAGCUGGCGGUCAACAUGGUGCCCUUCCCGCGGCUGCACUUCUUCAUGCCGGGCUUCGCCCCACUGACCAGCCGAGGCAGCCAGCAGUACCGGGCGCUCACCGUGCCCGAGCUCACCCAGCAGAUGUUCGACUCGCGCAACAUGAUGACCGCCUGCGACCCGCGCCAUGGACGCUACCUCACGGUGGCCGGCAUGUUCCGAGGCCGUAUGUCCACCAAGGAGGUGGACGAGCAGAUGCUGGCCGUGCAGCAGAAGAACAGCAGCUACUUCGUGGACUGGAUCCCUCACAACGUGAAGGUGGCCGUGUGUGACAUCCCACCGCGCGGCCUCACCAUGUCCUCCACCUUCAUCGGCAACAACACGGCCAUCCAGGAGAUCUUCCGGCGCAUCGGCGAGCAGUUCUGCCUCAUGUUCCGCCGCAAGGCCUUCCUGCACUGGUACACGGGCGAGGGCAUGGACGAGAUGGAGUUCUCUGAGGCCGAGAGCAACCUCAACGACCUGGUGUCCGAGUACCAGCAGUACCAGGACGCCACCGCCGAGACCGAGUGGGGCACCGAGGACGAGAUGACCGAGGAGGAGCCGACCGGCGCGAGCGUCACAAGGUCAACGGUCGUCACGGAGACAGUGGUGGAGACAUCAGAGACGGUGGAGGAGUGAAGACGGCGGUGUGUGUGUGUGUGUGUGUAUUGUAUAUGUAGUGAGUGUGUGUGUGUGUGUG